AUGGUCAUCAGGAUCCGACUCUCCCGGACAGGGCCACGCAACCACCCCCUCUUCAGCCUGGUCGCCAUCCAAGCACCCAAGCGACGGGACGCCAAAGCACUCGAGCAGCUCGGCGUCUACAGUCCCCAGCCGAUCCUCAGAGUCAAGCCGCCCUCGCUCAUCGAGCUCGUCCACAGCCUCGAGCUCGCCCGGGCCACCCAGGACCCUGCAGCCCUCCAGCGGAUCAAGAACGGAAUCGCAAGCGGCGGGGAGAUCCUCUCGCGCAAAGAAAUCAGAUGGGAUGUCAACCGGAUCAGGUAUUGGCUCGGCGUCGGCGCCCAGCCGACCGAAAGCGCCCUCAGACUGCUCCAGGCCGGCGGCAUCAUCAACCAUCCCAAAGACUUGAAACUAUUGCGAACCAAAACCACUGCACGCGGCACUAAACCACGCAUACCUUUGCGCGUCGCGAUCGCCUCCACCCGUCGAGGACCUCGUGGUAUCCUGUCAAGAUUCCGGAGAAGAGGCUUGUUGCCUCUGGGCACCAAGGUCCUAGAUAACGGUAAACUGCGGAUACCGCCCUCAGUAACCAAAACCGGCCGAGCGAUCAUGCUGGACCCCCAGGGAUGGACGGAGAAACUUGAGCGGGGGGCCGAAGUCGUCCAGAAAACUCCCCAUCGGAUCCUGCCUGCCAGGUGGACUGCCCCCACCCCCACCCCCAUCCAGACUACCCCUCCCAAAGCUAAGUCAGAUCCGGCAUGGUGGAAGGUCAACCGGAGGAGGAGGGCGGCCGCACUCGCUCUCACCGACCAACUCCCUAAGCCGCUACCCCCUCGUAAACCUCUACCAACCUCAUCCUCUUCCUCCGAAUAG